GGUGUCCAUUCAUAUGAACAGCUCCAACCAAAGCAGGAAGGCUGGCACAGCAAAAACAUGGCUAAAAAGAUAUUUGUUUUCCUCACCCUUUUUGGAUUUAUUACCAUGACUGCUUAUGUGGUGUUCCUCUAUGGUAGAGAUGCCAAACUUUUACCCUUACAUAUGAUCAUUACAACCCAGCAUGAAUUUUGGAAAAACUACACCGGCAAGACAAAUGAGACAGAGUCAACGGCGGUCACAACUUUGCCAGAUUGUCCUGAGACACCGCCAGACCUGAAAGGACCUCUGCGAGUGGAAUUUAACUUUAAGGUGAAGUUGGAUGAUUUGAGAAAUAAAUAUAGUGGGACUCUUCAAGAAGGGGGACAAUACAAGCCACCAAACUGCAUGUCUAAGCGUAAGGUGGCAGUGAUCAUACCUUUCCGAAACCGCUACGAGCACCUGGGAUACUGGCUUUACUACUUGCAUCCCAUAUUGAUGAGACAACAGUUAGACUAUCGUGUCUUCGUAAUCAACCAGGAUGGAGAAGGAGUUUUUAACCGAGCUAAACUAAUGAAUGUUGGCUAUGCAGAAGCUGUGAAGGUCUACGAUUACGAAUGCUUUGUUUUCUCGGACAUUGAUUUGGUGCCACUUGAUGACCGUAACCUCUACAAAUGCUUUGACAAUCCAAGGCAUUUAGCUGUAGCAAUGGAUAAAUUUAAUUUUGGUUUGCCAUAUAACAAUUAUUACGGUGGGGUUUCAUCACUGUCCAAAGAUCAGUACUUAAAGAUCAACGGGUUUUCUAACACAUUCUGGGGCUGGGGUGGUGAGGAUGACGAUAUCUACAAUCGGAUUGUAUUUCGAGGUAUGUCUAUCUCAAGACCGGAUAUGGUGACUGGAAAAUACAAAAUGAUCAAGCACAACAGGGACUUGCACAAUGAACCAAACCCGCAGAAUCCUAGCAAACUUUGGAAGACGAGAAGAACAAUGGACAGUGAUGGACUGAACUCACUCAAAUAUACAGUCAAGAAGAUAGUGAAGGAUGUCUUGUACACAUUUAUUACAGUGGACAUUCAGGCACCAAUAAAGUAAGGAGCUGAUAUGUGAAGAGGGCGGAUGU